AUGGACUCCUUCGUAUACAACGCCAACCCUGGACGGGUCGUCUUCGGUUCAGGGACCUUGAAACAACUCCCAGAGGAAGUCUCACGACUUAAUCUCGCUGCUCCUCUCCUCCUAUCCACCCCUCAACAAGUCAACCAAGCCGAGCAGCUUAAGCAAAUCCUCAAUGGCAAGAUCGCAGGCAUUUUCACCGAAGCUACGAUGCAUACCCCCACCGACGUCACGGAAAAAGCUUUACAAUACGCCAAAGAAAUAAAAGCAGAUGCAGUCGUCUCAAUUGGUGGUGGAAGUACCAUUGGCUUGGGUAAAGCGAUUAGUAUCCGCACUGGACUGCCGCAUAUUUGCAUUCCUACGACGUAUGCGGGCAGUGAGAUGACGCCUAUUCUGGGCGAGACGGCGGAUGGAGUGAAGAAGACAAGAUCCGAUCCGAAGAUUCUCCCCGGGACGGUGAUUUACGAUGUCGAUUUGACCAUGACCCUCCCCGCAGCUAUGAGUGCGACCAGUGGAGUUAACGCUAUUGCUCAUGCUGUGGAAGCACUUUAUGCACGCAAUACUAACCCUAUUAUCAACCUCCUCGCCCUAGAAGGCACCAAAGCCCUAGCAUCAUCCCUCCCGGAAAUAGUGGAGAAUCCCUCUUCGCCCUCAGCACGCUCGCAAGCUCUCUAUGGCGCCUGGCUAUGCGGUACCUGCCUAGGCAGCGUCGGGAUGUCCAUUCAUCAUAAACUCUGCCACACGCUAGGAGGAAGUUUCAAUCUCCCACACGCCGAAACGCAUACCGCCGUGCUACCGCACGCCAUUUCAUACAACGCGCCCCGUAUUCCCGAGGCAAUGACUAAACUGGCUGAGGCUUUGCCUGAAAGUAAUGGAGACGCUAUCCACGGUCUGAAUGUGCUUCUGUCAAAGCUCAAGGUCAAGAGGGGACUAAAGGACUUUGGCAUGAAGGAGGAGGAUAUUGAUAAAGCGGCCGACAUUGCAGUUAGCAACCCUUACUGGAACCCGCGGGAGAUUGAGAGAGCGCCUAUCCGCGAGUUGAUUCAUACACAUCUGCUGGAAGCCACAGAGCCUGUGGCUAGACCGAGCGAGUCGGGAAUUGUCCGUUCCGACGACGAACUCUCCAUCAUCUAUGAUAUUGAACGAACACUUGCUGAAAUUCGCCAAUCUCGAUGGAAACGCAUCGCACUCCAGUUUCCGGAUGAUAUGCUCCCGGAUGCUCCACGAGUAUUCCAGCUUUUGACGCGGGGGCUGCAGACGAAGAAUGCGAACACAGUCACGCAAACUUCGAAUACGAUUUCAGAGACGACACUCGCCGAAAAGACCUCCCAAUUAGAGUUGGAAGACGACAACUCGCUCGACGAACUGCAACGGAGAUUCUAUAUCCUGGCGGACACUUCUUAUGGCACAUGCUGUGUUGACGAGGUUGCUGCAGAGCAUGUCGAUGCUGAUGCUGUUGUACACUACGGACGGGCCUGUCUAUCCCCGACUUCGCGAUUACCUGUGAUAUACGUGUUUACACACCGACAAUUACCGAUCGAGCCGCUCGUCAAAGCGUUCAAGAGUACCUAUAACGACCCUACCGCAAAGAUCAUCAUUACCGCCGACGUGACCUAUACGGAUCAUGUGCAAGAUGUCCACGAUCGACUUGUACAGGAAGGAUAUACAAACCUUUUCGCCGCACAUGUAUUGCACAACCCUGCAUCUGCCAUUCCUAAUCGCACCGUCCCGAAAUCCGUCGAAGAGAAUCCGGAUACAUUGAGCGAGUGGGAAUUGUUUCAUAUUUCUGAUCCGCCUACCGCGCUUCUACUUACCCUUUCAUCGAAAGUUGCGGCCAUACAUAUAUAUCCGACGGAGAAUAUCGAGUCUGAAGAGAACGUCCAACCACUGCAAGCUUCUACCACAGCCGCAUUGCGUCGUCGAUAUGGUGUUUUAGUUUCGCUGAGCACUGCGCCUAUAUUUGGCAUUCUUGUUAAUACACUGAGCGUCAAGAAUUACCUUCAUAUUGUUGAUCAUGUGAGGAAACAGAUUGCAGCUUCCGGUAAAAAAAGUUAUAUGUUUGUCGUUGGUAAGCUCAAUGCUGCUAAGGUAGCUAACUUCAGCGAGAUCGAAGGAUGGGUUGUGAUUGGGUGCUGGGAGAGUUCUUUAGUGGAUAGUAAGGACUUUUGGAAACCUGUCAUCACGCCCUAUGAGCUUGAGCUCGCCCUACAAAGCGAUGAUACCCGUGUGUGGACGGGUGCGUGGAGAAGCGACUAUCAGGCAGUGCUGGAUGCUUCCACAGUCGCACCAAAUGCGAUCGCAGAGACAAGCGAAAAAGAUGACGGCGAUGACGGCUCGGAACCCGAAUCCGCUCCUCCAGAAUUCGACUUCAGAACCGGUCAAUUUGUCACCACCUCCCGCCCCAUGCAGUACAUGAGCAACGGCAGCAAUGGACGCGCAGGGGGAAACAGUACAGCUUUGGCGAAACGAGCGAAGGGUGACCUAGCUAUGAUUGGUAACACAAUAUCUCCCGGAGCGGAAUUCUUGCGCUCGCAAAGGACGUGGAAGGGCCUUGGAAGUGACUUUGAGAUCAAGUAUGAGGAAGACGACGAGGUCGGCGGUUCCGCUGUUGUCGAAGGGCGCAGGGGCAUCGCAAGGGGUUACAAUCACAAGGACCGACCCCGAAUAUGGACCGAGAUUCUCCUUCGGCUUCGAGCAGUGUGGCUGGAGAUAAUGUCGGACAAGGAGUUGGCGAAAUGCAUCCAGCAGUUCUCCAAGAUUUCAUCCGUGCCCGCGGACAUGUGGGAGAAGGUAUGGCAGCAGGACGGCGCGCAGGUCGCAGCCGAUCUCCAACCUAUUCAAGCCUAUCUCGAUCAUCUUCCCGCUCUUCAGUCUAUUAUGACGCUGCUGCUGAAAUCACCAAGUGGCAAGGAUGAGACCAACGCCAGCGCUGCCCUAGUGUACUACGCGAGUGCACAAACUGCUCGAUUAACAGAGGAAGACGGUACAUGCCGACGUGUAGAGGAAGAAAAAGCGAGAAAGGAAGAGAAAUGGAAACGAGACAUGGAGAUGUUGGAGGACAUCCUGGAAAGGAAAAUUGCCAACGAGGUCGCCGAGUUUGCUGGUGAAUUUCUAGAUCUUAUCUCCGAUGGCAUGCGUACAAAUCUGCUGAGUGACUUCCAGCGUUCGUUGGAGCAAAUGUCUGCCCUGACUCAGGGGAAUCUACAGUCGCCGCAUCCUCUUUUGCGGCUACCACAGCAAGUACCGCAGGCAGGCUUACUGCAGACACAUGAUGGAGGUGAAGUUGAGCACGAUCGAUUCCCAUUCGAUCAGAACAACUCAGAUGAAGAUAUGAUUAAUGACGAGGCCAUUACUCCUAUUGCAGACUGA